CGCAACGUUCAGUGAAGCACAGACGCACAGUCUCUCUCCUCGGGUCUCUUUCGAAACAUUUGGUGGAGCCAAACAAAAAAUAAGCAGCCAUGGAUGCCAUCAAGAAGAAGAUGCAGAUGCUCAAGCUCGACAAGGAGAAUGCCUUGGACAGAGCUGAGGGAGCCGAGGGAGACAAGAAGGCAGCAGAGGACAAGAGCAAACAGCUCGAGGAUGACUUGGUAGCUCUGCAGAAGAAGCUGAAGGGAACAGAGGAUGAGUUGGACAAGUACUCUGAGUCUCUUAAGGAUGCCCAGGAGAAACUUGAGGUGGCUGAGAAGACAGCCACGGACGCUGAGGCCGAUGUCGCUUCCCUUAACAGACGUAUCCAGCUAGUUGAGGAGGAGUUGGAUCGUGCUCAGGAGCGUCUGGCAACUGCCCUGACCAAGCUGGAGGAGGCUGAGAAGGCGGCUGACGAGUCCGAGAGAGGCAUGAAGGUCAUUGAGAACAGGGCCUCCAAGGAUGAGGAGAAGAUGGAGCUGCAGGAUAUCCAGCUGAAGGAGGCCAAGCACAUCGCUGAGGAGGCUGACCGCAAAUACGAGGAGGUUGCCCGUAAGCUGGUCAUCAUUGAGAGUGAUCUGGAACGUACAGAAGAGCGCGCCGAGCUUUCAGAAGGCAAAUGCUCUGAGCUUGAGGAAGAGUUGAAAACUGUGACCAACAACCUGAAGUCACUGGAGGCCCAGGCUGAGAAGUACUCACAGAAGGAGGACAAGUACGAGGAGGAGAUCAAGGUCCUCACUGACAAGCUGAAGGAGGCUGAGACUCGUGCUGAGUUCGCUGAGAGAUCAGUAGCCAAACUUGAGAAGACCAUCGACGACUUGGAAGAUGAGUUGUAUGCCCAGAAACUGAAGUACAAGGCAAUCAGCGAGGAGCUGGACAACGCCCUCAACGACAUGACUUCCAUAUAAAUUGUUUACACCUCAUCAAAGACGCCUCCCGCCAGCUGAGCAGCAUCGCUCUGCUCUCUCCCAGCCUUUCUUCCAUUUCCCAACCCUUCUGUCCAUGCUUUCCUUUACUCCCCAUGUUCUCAUCCUGUCAGUGUUGUAAUCCCAUCUCUUGUAUAGAACCUCUGAAUCUUUCUGUGUUGUAUACAAAUAAACCUUCUUCCUUCUA